ACUCCACGAACUUUCGGCCUGGUAGGAGAAAAAAUAGUAUGUGCACCGCGGGAGAAAAGUUGGACCCUCAACUUGGACCAUCUUGGAUCUUGAAUUUUACACGCGGGAGGAAAUAUCCAACUUUUCUCUCUUGGUGCACAAUGUAGUAUUGCUCUAAAUAAAUAUUAAACUUUUCUUCUAAUCUGAAUCAAUACAAAAGCUUUAAAAUUGUACAAAACUAAAUUAGAAAAACACGCCAACGAUCAAACUAUGUACAUCGGACUAUACAUUAUUUAAGUUAACCAUAACUCGUGCAUGGGUCAUCUUCAGAAGAUAAUAUAGCGACAGUGCAACAGUUAACUGGCUAAGUACUAGUCUUUUAGAGCAACCGAACGAUCGCACUUACUGUUCAAAUGUUUUUUAAAUGUUUAAAUUCUGUAGUUGCGGUUUUUUUAACUUUUGAAAUUUGUCAAGUAAAUACACAGUAUCAACUGCGAGUGAUCGAAGGAAAGCCCACCUCUAUAGACAGAUACCCGAUAGUUGCACAGCUGUUGCUAGAUACGUGGGGCGACAGAAACUUUAUACAGCACUGUGCAGGUGUUAUCCUAACAUCUAGGCAUGUCGUAUCCACUGCACACUGUUUUCAAUACAACGAAAGUACCGGAAGAAACUACAGUCUACCUAAAUACUGGAGGGUUCGCGUAGGUUCCUCUUACAGGUCCCGAGGAGGUUUCAUCCAUGGGUUGAAAACAAUCAUAACUCAUCGCGGCUUCGAUCAGCUUUAUUACACCAAUGAUAUCGCAAUGGUCGUUGUGACUAAAACAUUUAUAUUUAGUCCAAAAGUAAGACAAGGAACUAUUGUGAAGUAUGGAACCGAAAUAAGUCCGAAUUCUAUUUGUACCCUUAUCGGAUGGGGAGUUAAAGAGCCUGACGGAGCUCAACCGGAACAAUUGCAAAGCACAGCACUAUUUACAAUAGAUCAAGAUGUGUGUAGAAAUCGUUACGCCACAAUCCGGGCACUGAUUUCUGAUUCAAUGUUAUGUGCUGGACGCGUUGAAGCUGGCGGUCCUGAUGGUUGCUAUGGAGACUCUGGUGGGCCAAUAAUAUACAAAGGCCUUGUAGUAGGCCUCGUAUCUUUCGGUUACUCUUGCGGUCAUCGAUACUACCCUGGUGUCUACACUAAAAUCUCUCAUUAUACAGAUUGGAUAGUAAAAACAGUUUUGACUAAUAAAUAAUCUGUAAAAAAACAAAAA